AUGUCUUCUUCCCCGGAUCCAUUGACAUUCGUAACAAGCUCGCCCUCUAAGAGCGCAGCCACCCGCCGCUCAGCCAAGCGAGCAGCAGCCCAGCCUUUGACACAACUCUCGCCUAAUGUCCAACGGUCCGAUCCUUUCCUCGAUAUCCCAGACCUCGCAAAUGGCUCGCCCUCCAAAUCCAUCACCAUGACGACCCCUAAGGCUGCCGGCUCGUCGCCCUGGCGCAUCAAGGUUACCGUCGAGCCAGACAACGGCUUCUCGCAGGACGAGAACAAUCUGGACUCGCCCACUGGCGCCCGCUCCGCCCGUGUUACCACGACGACCACUACCAUUCCACUGAACGAUGCCAACGGCUCGUCGCCAGUGCGAAGACGGGGCAGACCGAGGAAAUCCGAUACACUACCAGCCACACUAGAGGGCGUGAUGUCUCCAACUAAGAAAAGAGGAAGACCAAGGAAAUCAGAUGCAGCCGCUGCUAGCCAAUCCACCAGCAUCCUGCUCAAUGAUGCUCGUGACUCGUCUCCAGUCAGGAAGAGUGGCAGGCCGAAGAAGGCCGAGGCUGCUCACAUCUCUGGCAGGACGAGGAACGGUACACCCAUCCGAAAGCCCAGGAAAUCCGUCACUAGGAGCCCCGAGGCCAGCGAUGUUGAUUCUUCCCUGAGUGAUGCUUCAUAUCACCCUACUAAACGCAGUACCACUAGGGGAAGGAGGAGUAUGUCCCAGGACAUCCACGUCCCGGAACCCAUUCGCGCUGCUGCCAUGUACGGCCCGAGGUCGCCGGAUCAGUUCGAACAAGAGAUGGCCGGAACUCAAUCUGGUACCUCAGGAGCCACCCGUUCUUCUAUCGGGCAAAGACGGCGGUCCAUGAGAGCCGCUUCUCAGCUUGGUGAAGUUGCUUCCGGUACCAUCGAGGAGGAGGAUGCCGAAGAACAUGAACAGACACCAAAGGCGGCAUCUUCAAAAAAGGCUACUAUCGACGGCGAUAUGUGGCAAUCAAUGGUUACCAACCAUGAGCAAGAAGAUAGUGAGCAGACAAAUGAGGAGUAUAACUCGUCCGACGAUGAUCUCGACAUUGUCAUGCCUGACCAGACAAUCGGCGAUACAACCAUGCUCCACAGCGAAGAGUUCAGCAUGGUCUCCCCGUACUCUUUGCCCAGCAUGCAGGCCGCGCUCAAAGGCAUUUCGUCUAGCUUUGCCCAGCCAGCUGCCCCUAAAAUCUCUUCUUUUCGUACAGAUCCGAUCCCGCAAACACGCAGGCAACAACUCAGCAAGCAGGCCAUAUCGUUUUCGCUACCCGAAAUCAACGACUCCGUCGCCUCCGUUUCGUAUAUGCCCUCUUCGCCGCCAGCUCAAUUCACUGCAAGCACUCCUCCCAGACGCCAGAGCCCGAAGCCACCGUCAGCGCCACCGGCUAUUCAACAGGUGGAGAUAUCUCCAUCGAAAGCGGAGACUCCUAAGCUGGUAAAUGUUGUCAAGGCCGGAAUUGCACUUCAGGGCAUUGUUAAUGGUAAUAAUCGGGGUUCACAGGAUAGGAGACCGUCGGACGAUAUCAGGGAAGAGGCACAGCGUGCCAGACUCGAUGAAAUGUUCAAGCAAUUCCAAUCGGGAACGAGGAGAGAGUUGCAAGCCGGCCUGCGUCUUGGUGAACAACUCGCAGAGCGCGCUAGAUCCCGGACUACCUCCCGCGAGAGCAGCCACGACGAGCCUGAGCCGGAUGAGCGGCCAGCAACGCCUGGCAGCAGUGCUGCUUCAGACGGCGACGUCUUCGAUGGUCCGAGCGCCGGCAGAACUCCGACCCAGGAUUCGAGCAACCACCGCCUCCCCACGCCCGAAGAAAACGAUUAUUCUCUCCCAUCCCCGCCGCCGCCCCCGUCUCAACAACUGUCUCAGCAACCCGAUCUUGCUGUCGCACCUGCUAAAGCUCAACUCAUUAGCCCAGCGAGGAGCGACACAAGCCCUGAUGCUGUGGAAAUGCAAGAUGACAGUCCCGAGGAAGACAGUGUAGAGAAAGCUCGAAGCCAUGAGAACAGCGGCCUCCAGCGGAGAUCCGAAGAAAACUACGAAAGUCAUGAGACUAUCAGCCAGAUGGCUGAUGAAGCCAAUCCCAGCCAAGUGAUCGUUCUCAGUUCUGAUCACAGUGAAAGCAGCGAAGCCACUAGUGAAUCAUCUGAAAAUGUCCUUGAUGGUGACAUCUGGGAAGAGGAGGGAAGUCGCGAGCCCGAGUCACGGUUCGCUCGGCGCGCGAAACGCGUUGCCGCAAAACGCUCUGGCGAGAAGGCGAGCGCAAGCGCCGCUCCAUCCAACUCCCGCCGUGGCACUGCGAGCAGACUUUCUCAACGACAGUCUUCAUCGCCGCCUUCCGACAGCACACGCGCACCUGGCGCUUCAAAUGCUGCUACGAGAUCUCGAAAUGGUGCGGGCCGCUUGUCUUCGCGGCCGCAGAGACCAAGUAGGCAGGAGUCCCUUGAACCGGCAAGCACUUCAGACCCGGCCUCUGAAGUGGAGAGUACCGAGAAUACUGGUUUGUUCUGGCAGCGCUCAUCUGAGACCCCAGAACCAAGACCCAUACAGCAUGAAAGCAACAAGCUAGAUCUAUCAGUGCUGAUGGCUAUAGGCGACAGCCCAGCCAAAGAAAUCAAGGAGCCGGUGCUGGCUACACCACCGAAACUUCAACCAAUCAGAAUACCCUACAACAUCGGCACCGGCCUCAACUCUCCCGUCAAGGGCAGCCCGUUGAAACAGCAGGUAGUAUUCUCGUCGCCUUCUGCCGUCAACAGCAGCCCCUACCAAAGAAUUGAGCACACUAUUGCAAGCUCAGUGCUGGAGGAUGGCGACGUCAUGAUGAUCGAUGAAGACAACACGAGACAACUGGCACAGGAAGAUAACACUCGCACCAUCAAUGGGCGAUCGCGCGUUAUUCCUCCUAGCCCUGCUGUCUUCGCUGAAGAGGAUCAGAUGGUACAGCGCCAGAUUGAAAAUGAGCUCACACCGCGCAGUGCGCGCAUCAAGAACCUGAAUCUUUCGGGCGAGCGCAAACGUUUAUUCACUAUAAACGAGCCGGCCGAACAAUCAGAGUCUUCGAUACAAGUAGACCAGUCCUCAUACCUCGUCCAGAAGCAAUCUGAGCAGUCGGUCAAGAAGCCUUCACGGCUCAACAAGCCUACUUCUCAGCUUUCGACUAGCAAGGUCGGACAAACACGCACGGAAGAGGAACAGCCGACCGAACCUUCGACCCACGAAACCCGCUCUCAUAUGACGGCUCUGAAUCUCAACAAGGAACGCAGACCGCUAUUUGAGCAAAGUGCAGUUGUGGAGCAGAAGAAGCCUGCACCUCUCUUUGAGCAACAUGCAGUCGUGGAGCAAAAGAAGCGUGCGCCUCUCUUUGAGCAAAAGCCUCUGUUCCAGGCUUCCGGCACUGUUCCUACUCCUGCUCCUAAGCCUGCACCCCAGGAAACGACUCGGUCGGAAGAGCAACAAUCAGCAGGAUUAUUCGGACGCCUAUGGGGAGCCGUCGCUACGAGCGCUGAGCCCGAAUCCCCGCAGUUGCCUCUUCAUCCUCUCGCCCAGCGCUACAAGCAUCUUCCACGAAUCGCACCGUGGACCAAGACCCACUGGGACACGCUUGACCGCAUCUACCAACGCUACAAGCGGCACCCCGACGAGUUCUCCCCCAAUGACCCUCUCCACAGGGCCCUGCUUUCCCAGAAGCUCCAGUGGCAGCCCGAUAGCUCCAAGAGGAAACCAGCUUCUGACUACGCCGGCGUAGAGAUGCAGAACUGGAACUACACAGUCAAGGUUACGCCCGAGCUGCUCGUCUGCUGCACCAUCUUCAUGCAGCUCCUGACGCUCAAGGAUGCUGCCGAGUACCGUCGCGCCACCGGCAAAGACAUCGUGCGUGGCAACUUCAUGCAGAAGGACAAGACGGGCGAUCCGAUCACGCUUCGCGAUGUCAUUGCACGCAUGUUUGGCGUCGUGGGCGGCGAGAUGAUCCGCGCGGACGAGAAGAGGGGCAUCUGCGUGAGGAGAGAUUUGGAUCAGUUCAAGCUGAAGUAUCCGUGGGCACCUGGCUGGUGGGAUGAUAUGGGGAAUUUUCUGCAUUACUGA